AUGGCCUUCCCCGGCCUCUUCCGCGUGGAGGAGCCCACCAAUGGCGUCGCCAAGCGCGACUCUUGGGGCGGCGCCGUCUCCCUCGGGCCCACGACCUCCACCAUCAUUAACGCCGUCACCUACCUGACCCCCGGCGCCGCACCCCCGACCCAGGCCGGCGUCCUCUUCCUUUGGCCCGGCAUGUCCAACGGCACUGGCAACCUCGUCCAAGCCACCCUCGAGUCCUGGCCCGACAACAGCUGGUGCGGAGCCACGAGCGGCCAGUGGUGCGUCCGCGCCUCCGUGUUUGGCUCGUUCGGGCAGAUCGACAGCGAGACCUCCGCUCCCGUCAAGGGCGACCAGAAGCUCAAGAUCGAGUACGCUCUGCAGUCGGACCAGGACACUUGGCGCCAGACCGUCACCGACGUCGCCAGCGGCAAGGUCAUCAGCUCGCUUGACCACAAGGACGGCCCGUUCAUGAGGGGAUACGGCACCGGCACCGAGUGCAACAACGGCUGCACGGGCACCGUCGCUGAGCAGAUCUACUCGGAUACCACAAUCACCCUGUCGAGCGCCGACGCCAAUUUUGGCAAGACCAUCGGUGUCAGCCAGGGCGCCACUUACACUGGUCUCAGCAGCAGCAGCGGCAACAAGGUCUGGAAGAUUGCCACCAUCAAGGUCCCUAAAAUGCAGUGA